GUAAUAUCAUCUCGAAAGGACACGUCAUCAAAAGUAGCAUGACCAUAGGCCAAUGAUAGCAUAAUGAUCAUAACCGACCCAUUUGCAUAUUUUCCCAAUUCGAGAAAACCUUGCCCAAGGAGCUCAUUGUUCCUCCAGACACCACAUUCCAGGUGCCGUCUCGGACCACCGUCACCGUAAUGGCAUUUGGCGACCUCCGUAACUACCUCAUAUCCACCACUUCCAUGAAUCUGCCGUCCGGAUUCUGACUAUUGAUCCGUUUAUCAUCACGAAUCUGAAUCUCGAUCUCUUAGUAUCCCGAGCGAUCUUUGAUUUGACGAGUUCGCCGAAACGGUUGAAGGUUCGCACGAGGAUUUCAUCUUCCGUGGACCAGGCGAUCUGGCCGGCGAGGCAUCUGUACCCAAUCUUCACGUCGAUUAUAGGAACAAAAACCUAGAAGAGCACGGGGAAAUGCGAUGCGAAAUAGAGAUCUGUUGGAGACCAACGAGGCACCUGCACUCGAUCUUUACAUCUGUUAUGGGAACAGAAACCUAAAGAGCACCGGGAAAUAUGAUGGAGAAUAGAGGAAACAGAGAGACUUUUCUCUAGAAAGAGGUUUGCUUUGAGAAGAAUUUAGAAAUAAAUUGGUCUAAACUGGUGAAACUUCAGAAAUCUACUGAAAAAACUGUACUUUCUGAAGAUGACCGCUACAAACUUUUCCAGGUUUUGUGGGUGGGAUGGAAGUGAUUAUUAUCUUGUUGGAAGAGGCAAGUGGAAACUCCUGCUGGCUUUAACUAAAUCAUAUUGUCGAUGUAUAAGAAAAUAUUAUUUCUCUUUUGUUAACAAGCAGACGCGCGCGGGCACAUGCAGACAUGAUCUUGCACGCCCCACUAAUCGAUGAAUUAGUGGUCGGUCUUUAAUUUUUCAAUUUUUAAUUUUGCAAGGCCCCAUGAACUAUAAAGAAAACUUACACUUAAUGGCGACCCAUAAAUUUUUCUGGAUUGG